CCUUGACUUGUGUGUCACAUGUAAAUAGGAAUUUAACUCAAUUUUGAUUACAUUAGCUCCGACUCCGACUCUAGCUAAUAUUUCGUUCAGUUGUGUCGGUGAAUCGAAGAUAUGGCAGAUGAGGCAGAAGGAGGCAAGGAGGGCGAGAAGAAAAUCGUACACGUUUAUCCACUGGUGAAGCACUCGGACAUGAACGAGGAGAUGCGAAUAGAGGCCAUUGAACUGUCCAUCACUGCCUGUGAGAAAUACGCAUCGAAUUAUGAGCACGCUGCCAAAAUCAUCAAGGAAACCAUGGACAAGAAGUUCGGCAUCUAUUGGCAUGUGGUUGUGGGCGAAGGAUUUGGUUUCGAGGUUUCAUACGAGACGGAGAACAUUCUCUACUUGUUCUUCGCCGGCAACUUGGCCAUUGUGCUGUGGAAGUGCUCAUGAAAAGCGGGUCAAAGCAGGAAUCAAUCGAACGUACCUAGAAACCGGAACAAAACCCCAACCCGAACCAAACAGAAUUAUUUAGCAUUAAUUUUAGUUAUACAUACAGAAAUGUAAGCAUACAUACUUACGUUAAUGUUAUGAAUAGUAAGUCCCGCACUGGUGGAUGAGAAAUGAA